CGGAGCGUGGUUGCUAGGGACACCUGAGGUCGCCCGCUCGCCCAGCAGGCGCAGCGAGGAAGCAGCGCGGAGCUGGUGCCAAGCCGCGGUGAAGCAGGGUACCCUAGAAUACUGCAGCUGUGAGGCCCAGCCCUGACAGAGACUAAUUGCUGAGUGCUGAAUGUGAUGAGCUGCCGACCAGAGCUCUGCUGCGCAGGAGCUCCUGGGAGGUGGUGCUGCUAAUGCAGCGUGGCUGGGAAGAGGAGGAGUACCCUGGAGACUCUUGGAAAACUUCGCACAAGCUGACGGAUACAAGGAUGCAGCUGGUGCUAGAGGUGUGUGGCAACUUACCUGAGCCAGGCCAUGAGGCCAUGUUGCUAUGAUGUGGGCCCCUCAUGGCCUCAGCAGGAACAGAACACUACAAUAUUGGCCUGCGCCGAGGAAACAGCUUCAAGCAGAGACGUCCCUCAGGCACAGUGUCUGCUUCACCACCUGAGAAACCCUCAGAGGUCAAAGUCUGGUCUCAGGCCCAUCAGCAGGUGAAGCCAAUCUGGAAGCUGGAAAGGAAGCACGUAGGCACACUGUCAGCGGGGCUGGGCACCAGUCUCUUGGGAGUCCCACCCCAGCCAGCCUAUUUCUUUUGCCCUAGCACUUUAUGUAGCUCUGGGACCACAGCUGUCAUUGCAGGUCACAGCAGUCCCUGUUACCUGCAGUCUCUCCCUGACUUGUUCAGCAAUACUCUGCUGUACCGCCGCACCAACGUGAGGCAAAAACCGUACCAGCAACUGGAAUCUUUCUGCGUGCGUUCCAGCCCAUCAGAGAAAAGAUCGUUUUCUCUCCCUCAGAAGGGUCUCCCUGUCAGUGUCACUGCCAAUAAAGCCACCUCUUCUACAGUCUUCCCCAUGGCCCAGCCUGUGGCGUCUGCACCCACUGAUCCAUACCUCUCACUGGCAGCAGCUGGGGAAAAUCCUUCAAGGAAGAGCUUGUCCUCAGCCAUCUCAGGGAAGACUGCAUCUCCUCCACUGUCCUCCUACAAGCCCAUGCUGAACAACAACUCCUUCAUGAGGCCAAAUAGCACUAAAGUGCCCUUAUCACAAGCCACAGAUGGCCUGAAGCCAGUAUCCUCACCCAAGAUCCAACCUGUCUCCUGGCAUCAUUCAGGGGGUACUGGAGACUGUGUACCCCAGCCUGGUGACCAUAAGGGGCCCCAAAGCAUUGGCACUGUCUUAGAUGAUGCCACUGCCCCUACCACCCUAUCUACCCCUAGUACCUUCAACAUAUCCACAGCCAGUGUUACCUCUUCCCAGUGCAGUCAGAGUAACUUUAGGAUGGAGGCACAUCCCGGUGGCCUGGACGAGAACUCGGAUUCCCAGAGCGCUGCUAAAGAGGUACACUUCACUGAGGCUGUGAGGAAGUUGACUGCAAAAGGCUUUGAGAAGAUGCCACGGCAAGGCUACCAGUUUGAACAGGCUUGUUUUGUGAACCCCAGCUUCCAGUGGGGUCUUCUCAACAGAAGCAGGCGAUGGAAACCUCUGAUGGGCCAGCGGUUUCCUCAGGAGGACAUUGGAUUAGACAGUGGGAUCCUUCCUGGUGCCUCAGACACCUUGGGGUUGGACAGCACAGUCUUUUGUACCAAAAGGAUCAGCAUUCACCUCCUUGCCUCGCAUGUUCAUGGGCUCAACCCCAGCCCUACCUGUGGGUCUGUAAUUGACCCCCAAUUACUUGGAGAAGACCGAGCUCCUGUUCCCCCUUCUUCCCUCCAGCCUCUAGGUGUAGCUGAAGUGACCACUCGCCUUUCUUCUGUCCAUCUUGGCCAGCCUGGGAAGGAACCCGAGGAAGCCAAGGAGCUGAGCUCAUGUGCUGGAGAUAGCCAUUCAGCUACUGACCUCCGGCCAAACCAGGUGGAGCCUGAAGAUACAGAAGAUGAACUAGGUUUGGAAGAUAGCUGCAGCCAUGAUGAAAAUGAAGAAGAGGAGGGAGACUCAGAGUGCUCUUCCUUAAGUAUCGUCUCCCCCAGUGAGUCGGUGGCAAUAAUAUCUCGGAGCUGUGUGGAUUUAAUGUCCAAAUCACUUCCCAAUCAUGAGAAGGUUGUGCGACCAGCCCUCAUCUACAGUCUCUUCCCCAAUGUGUCCCCUACCAUCUAUUUUGGAACUCGGGAUGAAAGAGUGGAGAAACUUCCCUGGGAACAGAGGAAGCUGCUCCGGUGGAAGAUGAGCACAGUGACUCCUAACAUUGUCAAGCAGACCAUUGGACGGUCGCACUUCAAGAUCAGUAAGAGGAAUGACGACUGGCUGGGCUGCUGGGGUCACCACAUGAAGUCUCCUGGUUUUCGAUCCAUUAGAGAGCAUCAGAAGCUAAACCACUUUCCAGGCUCCUUCCAGAUUGGGAGGAAGGACCGGCUGUGGCGGAACCUGUCUCGCAUGCAGAGCCGUUUUGGCAAGAAAGAGUUCAGUUUUUUCCCCCAGUCCUUUAUCCUGCCCCAGGAUGCCAAGCUCCUACGCAAAGCAUGGGAGAGCAGCAGCCGCCAGAAGUGGAUUGUAAAGCCACCAGCAUCUGCUCGAGGCAUUGGCAUUCAGGUCAUUCACAAAUGGAGUCAGCUCCCCAAGCGCAGGCCCCUCCUGGUACAGAGGUAUCUACACAAGCCCUACCUCAUUAGUGGCAGCAAAUUUGAUCUUCGGAUCUAUGUUUACGUUACUUCUUAUGAUCCUCUACGGAUUUACCUCUUUUCGGAUGGACUCGUCCGCUUUGCCAGUUGCAAGUAUUCCCCUUCCAUGAAGAGUCUUAGCAACAAGUUCAUGCACCUGACCAACUACAGUGUCAAUAAAAAGAAUGCGGAGUACCAGGCCAAUGCUGAUGAGACAGCCUGCCAGGGCCACAAAUGGGCACUGAAAGCUUUGUGGAAUUAUCUGAGCCAGAAGGGAAUUAAUAGUGAUGCCAUCUGGGAGAAGAUAAAGGAUGUUGUUGUCAAAACCAUCAUCUCGUCAGAGCCCUACGUGACCAACCUACUGAAGCUGUAUGUGCGGCGCCCCUACAGCUGUCAUGAACUCUUUGGUUUUGACAUCAUGCUCGAUGAGAACCUAAAACCCUGGGUCCUCGAAGUCAACAUUUCACCAAGCCUCCACUCCAAUUCUCCCCUGGACAUCAGCAUCAAGGGCCAGAUGAUCCGAGAUCUCCUGAACCUGGCAGGCUUUGUUCUGCCCAACGUGGAGGAUAUCCUCUCCAGUUCCAGCAGCCCCAGCAGCUCCAGCGGCUCUAGCACAAGCCUGCCAAGCUCUCCUAGGGACAAAUGUCAAAUGACUCCAGAGCAUUUUACUGCACAGAAGAUGAAGAAAGCAUAUUACCUGACCCAAAAGAUUCCUGACCAGGACUUCUAUGCAUCUGUGCUGGAUGUCUUGACACCAGAUGAUGUUCGGGUUCUGGUUGAGAUGGAAGAUGAGUUUUCUCGUCGUGGUCAAUUUGAAAGAAUUUUUCCUUCUCGAAUCUCUUCUCGUUAUCUUCGUUUUUUUGAGCAGCCACGAUAUUUCAACAUUCUCACCACCCAGUGGGAACAGAAGUACCAUGGAAACAAGAUCAAAGUCCCAACCUCUGCUCAUGUUGUCCUAGGAGUAGACCUGCUCCGGACUUGGUGCUACAAAGGCUUCCACACGGGGAUCGUCUCUGACUCAGCUCCACUGUGGUCUCUGCCAACAUCACUCAUGACUGCCUCAAAGGGUGAUGGGGCAUCAAGUGCCAGCAGCAAAUCAGAACGCAUCAAGUCAAGAAAGCAAAGCUGCUCUGACGGAAACAUGUCAUCCUCUGAAGAUGGGACAACAUCUAAGCCCAAGAAGAGUCAAGCUGGCCUUUCCCGCAUAUCUAGGAAGACUUCAUCCUCAAAGAACAAUGAGGGCACCAGCAAACAGCCCAACCACUCUACCCAGGUGUUACCUGUACUCAAGUACUCUGGGCAGAAUUCCAGACUUUCUGCUUCCUCUGCUUCCCAGUCAGCCAGUGACUCCCUCCUGACUGCUGUGAGCCCAUGACUGGUCUCCUGGUGGGAGCACUCAGCUACCUCAAGGGAACCGACCUGCUGACCAGCCUGAGCCUCUCUCCCCCUCCACUUUGCCCCUCAUCAGAGUAUUUUUUGAAGUGGUUCUAUUGUAGAUAUGGGCAUCUGGAGGGCUGGAGGGGUAGUGGUGAUGGGGAGAAGGUGAAGAAGGUUCAUCCUCUGUCACCUCACUUCCUGCCUGGCGCCUCAUAUCUCAGUAGAGAUGCCAGUGAUGGCCAAGCAGCCUUAUAAAGCAGGGUUUGGUUUCUACUAUGAGAGCCAUGUGUGAUUUAUUUGAGAUCCUCGUGCAGGGCUUGAGUGUUGCUCACGAGGAGAAAACGUGCUAAACAGAAGUCUCUUGUUCUGUAAUUGAGAAGGAUCCCUUGAAGGUCUUGAUUUCCUUAGAUCUUUUGUUCCCUACACAUCUUUGUCUUGAAGAGCCAUUUUUAGAAACUCCCAGUCUUCAAAGACAAGCAGGGGAAACCAUGACAGGCUGCACCCAUUUCUUGGCAUUCUGGUCUUGGGGUGACCUCCAUAACAUAUCUUCAGUUAAGGUUCCACCCAGUCAGUAGCCCUCUAUCUUCUGCAACUCUCACAGGGCUGCAGAGAAGGAUCCUAGAUGAUUUAGUCGUGAUCAUGUAGAGCAGGAUGGAGCGAGCUGCUUUCUUCUCAGCACAGCAACUCUUCUAGUCAGUAUUGCUUUGAGCAGGGUUUGGUGCCUUGGCAGGCAGGUUUUAGCACAAUCAUUUUUGUGGACAGACUUCUCAUCUCUGACAGUUAAUAUUCAGCUAAAUCUACCUCCCUUCUGGACUCAGUAAACACUGAGCAUCAAAUAAACACUGCCUGAGUGAACUGUGCAUACAACUCUCCAAGGACACUGGCCUCUGUUCUCCCCACUGUGGGCAAGUAGAGUCCAGGGAAGCCCAAGGUGGGAAGAGUUUCACUAAACUAUGGUCUUCCUUAGCCUAGCACUCCUCCUCCCUGGGACCUACACUCUCUAGUUUUUCUAGCAGUGGAACACAUUGGAAGCCCAUCAACUCAGUCUCACCCUUUUUGAGUUUUGGAAAGAGGGAAACUUCUUUCUUCAUGGGUCCUGGAGUCCUGUAGACAAUUGGCACGGAACCUGGAAAGGUAAGAGAUACCUGACUGGGUUCAAAGUUACAGAGUAGGUAGAAGUGUGUUGACAGUUGUGAAGAGAGCUGGAUAGCAAAGUCCUCAGCAGUACUUUCUGUUCAAUGAUAAAGACUGCAAAAUCAGUCCACAGUGGGAGGGAGAGUUCUGGAAAGUCUGAUAUCAAUAGCCAACACCCUCUUGUUCUCCUGGUUACAGUAUUCUAGUGUACACGUGACAAAGAGAAAGCAGAGGACUGUGCCUAAUGCAUGUCUCUGGGCAGAGGCCUGAUUGGACCAGUUUAUUCCUUGAAAGUGAACUUUCCUUGGUUCCCAUUAACAGUCAGUGUCCAACCCCACAACUGCAUGGAAGGACCAGCAUUGCAGCCGACUGGGGUCCACCAGGGGGAGGGACUUGGGGACCUCCUGAUGAGACAGCAGUACACUGGCAGUUUCUGUUUUGUGUUCUGAGGGAUGGCCUCACUUUGUGACCCAGGCUUGCCUCACAAAUGCUAGGAUAGUCUAUGCAUUGUUGUGCCCAGCCACACACUGUAUUGAAUCUUCUUUACAUUUGAAGGUCUAUGUGUCUGUUUUGCUAGUGGGAGAAAAAGUGGAGUUUAUGUAUCGCCUUACCUUUCUUUCUCAAGAGAGUAAAAUCUUGGUAAAUUAUUUCACUGCAUAUUUUAGCACAUUCAGUUGAAUUGAGGGAGUUUUAAAAAGUAAUAGUUUUUGAGAGUUUUAAAUUUGGAAGUGUAGUUGAAAACUUCAGAAUUAUCAGAAUGCAUCAGUUGUUUUCCCAAGUUAAGAACUUAACCAGCCUCUGGAAGAACAGAAGCAAAUGCUCCUGAGUCAAGGAAUGAAAUAGUCUUUUUCAUUGUAGUGUGAAUGUGAGACCUACCCUGCAGGGUUGUGAAAAAUCUAAGCAAACAAAAGGACCGAGAAUUAUUCUGUGCAAGAAAUGUAAAAAUCUCUCCUUGAAAUGGCAUGGUGGCUCAUGCCCUUAAUCUCAGCACACUGGAAGCAAAGGCAGACCAGUAAAGCUCUUCCUUGAAGGAAGGGGCACAGCUACAGAGAUAUCUAGAAGAGACCCUCACUGCUCUUCACCUAGCUCAUCAAAGCAGUUUUCAUCGUCACUCCCAUGGGAGUCUCUUGGCCGGUUUAAUCUACAGCAUGCAAGUGUCCCAGGGAGGGGAACAUUAAGCAUCCUGAAUAUGUGUGUGAAUUGGUAAUUUGGUUAUCCCAAGCACCUUGAUUGACAAAGAAUAAUAAGAGUGACUGAGUACCUAGUGUCUAAGACAAACAGCACAGAAGAUUCUGAGUCAAGCAGGAACCAGAGGAUUGCUGCGUGGACCUAGCAACGGUGUUGGGAUGGUGUCACUUCAGGUCCAUUCUCAAGAUGAAAGUGACUGACCAUCACCACAGCCAAAGAACAUUCGGUGGUUUCUACAGCAGCUCAGCACUGCUGUAAUCCACACACAGCGGUUUCCAUGUCCUGCAGCAGAAUUCGUUACCUGGAAUGAGGUGAUGAGCCCUGCUAGGGAGUGUCCCCUGUUGGCUUCUCGUUAAUGCUGAAGGCUCCCUCUGAUUACUGCUUGUUUAGUUUGCUUUGGGCCUGGAAACAGUGACUUUCAGAGGGCUGUAUUUUGUCACUUGGGAUUUUGAUCCAGCCUCUCCAGCAACGCUUAGCCUUGAACAUUCCUCUAAUACCUGGGGACCUGUGUGGACUCAUUGGACCUCCCUCCGUCAGCUUCAGAUAGGGGGAGCAGCAAACAGUCUUAGGUCGGUCUUAGUGGGUUUCUUAUGGAGAGAUCACAGCAGGUUGGCAGCAGUGUGGCAUUCUAAGACCCAUUUGUGCCUUAGCCAACAGAUGUGCAGAGAUUGGGAAUACCACCGAAGUCAACAUUUGAAAUGUCUAUCUUCUGAAUUUCAGUUUAGUUACCAGGUAUAUCAAUCUCUUGGAUGUAGUUAUGGGGAUUAAAUUGGGUUUAAGACAUCUAAAGAAAAAAUGCCUCACAUUGUAGAUUUCAAAUAAACCCUAAAAUAUCAGUGAUCAUCAAGCCAUAUCCUUGGAGUUGCAGCAGCAGCACCAGGGGUUUCGGGGCAGAGCUGUGACAGCACAGCAAAUGUUCUCAGGCCUGUGUGGCUGUGUCCGACAGUCGGUGCUUCUAGACAGUACACAACUGUUCAACAUUGCAUUGUAUUGAGUAUGAUAAUAAUCUAGACACCAUUUGAAGUCCACCAGAGAUGUGCGCAGGUUAAAUGUGGCAAAUGGUACUCCAUUUUCCUAAGGGAUUGAAACAUCUGUGUGCUUUGAUACUGGGAGGUCCUAGAACCAACCCCCACAUGGACUGGAGAACUUGCUUUGAUUCUGCCCAUGGGAGAUGAGAGCUGUGGAUUUGACCAAGAUAAUUAGCUUGAAAGUUUAGAGCCCUAUCAGCUGCCAGGGGCACAAGUAAAACUUACACUGAUAGGCUCAAAUACUGAAAUGCCCCUGCCUGGAAAUGCAGUCAUCGGUAGAAAUGCUUGUAUUGUUGGCAAGGAUGCACAGGUUCAUUGAUUGCCAGCUUGGUUGUUUAGAAAGAACAGCCCAUGUGGUGAGAAAAGAAUAGAUGAGCACAUCUGUUCAAUAUAUAGAGUUUAGACAUCAGAGGAGAAACUGGGAUCCGUGAGAGAAGUCAGAAACGGAGAUGGGCAUCAUAGACAGCAGGGACUGCCUGGGGACUGCCUAUAGAUGCCUGGGGUUGGGGGAUUGUAAAGAGCUACAUUGGAAUAUUCUUUGUCUUAAUUGUGGUUGUCAUAACUUUAUAUAGUUGGCAGACAUCAGAACUGUACAGUUGAAAUGAGUAAAUACAUAAGUAAAUAAAGUUGAAAUUCUUUCCUUUAAAUUUUUUUUUUUUUUUUUUUUAGUGCUGCAUAUCUAACCCAAGGUCUCAGACAGUGCUAGGGAAGUGCUCUACUGCUCAGCCAUACUCCUUGGCCCAGAGCUGGUUAAGAGACAGCGCGCAUGAGCGUACUCACACACACACUCACACACACUCCCAUCUCAUGAGGUAUAGACAUUAAAACCAUGGUCACAAGGAAGUAACAGGAAUACAGCUAAGAUUGAAAGGUAGAGCUGUGACCAGUUGGAAUGGGUAAAGCCAUUGCAAUUUGCAUAUGUGACAUGUAUGAGCAUAAGAUGUAUUGAUCACAAAUCCUUGAAGUAAUUUAUAAAGACAGUAUAUCUACCUGUGACCCAAAGCAUUGAGGGAAGCCAGACAUAGGAAGACAUAAUAUAUACAGUUAACUGAAAUUUGGAUGGGAACUCAGCUGUGGGUGCCGAAAGUAGCAGUGGUUACCUUUAUAACAAUGAUAAAGAAGGAACCUUGUGGGUUGAUAACAAUGCUACCUACAACAUGGGUUUUGGUUUUGUGGAUGGCGUGCUUGCUAAAACCUAUUGAGUUGUGUAUGUAAGACCUGUGCAUCUGUAAACAGCAUUUUAUAAAAUGAAAUUGAUGUGUUAAAUUUUAGCAUUUUAAGUGUACAUUUCAUUAGUAUUCAUAAUAUUGGACAACUUUCACUUCCCCUGGUUCUAGAAUAUUUUUCUACUUGAAAGCAAACUGUGCUCCUCCUUCACUCCCCUUUCUCCCUGCCCAUAGUAAUCACCAAUCUUUCUCUUGUUGUAGGUUUACCCAUUCUGGAUGUUUUACAGAAAUAGAAUUGUGAUCUUUUGUAUCUGGCUUAUCUGACUUAGCAUGAGUUCAACGUUCACUUUGUCAAGCAAGGCAACACUUCAUUCCUUUUAUUACUAGUUUAUUUGUGUUAGGAAAUGAUGGGUUUUGUUAUGACAUUUUCAUCAUAUAUAUUUAUCUCCCAUGGC